UGUCAAUUCCAGAGCUCUGUUUACCAGCAGCAAGGAAGCUCAGCAGAGAAGUGGUUCAGAUUGAGACCUUGAAUCCUUUUGCGAGUCGGGUCAUCGUAUCUUUUGUUCCGUCUUAGGGAAAAGUGUGGGUCUGAAGUAACAUUUAGUUUGUUGGUCGCACCUUAGCUCCGUCGUCCAGCAGCAACCACAACAUCGGCACCUCAACAAGAGCCAACCAACAAGGCAUCAACUUGUCAGAGCUGUUGCCGUUGAUAGACUUACGGAGCAAUAAUACUGUGUCUUAGAGGUAAGAAUGGCUAGUGGAUACGGUAUCCGAGGUGGCAUCGGCCGAUGCUAUCCGUUCUACGCGGAUUUCAAAAAGUGCAUGAGCCAGCGUGAUGAGAAGAGUCAUCCCAUGCUGUGUUUUGCGGAACGUGAGGAUUACUUUGAGUGCCUUCAUGGCCGCAAAGAGCACAAGAUGAUUGCCGACAUUCAGGCACAGGAGCGAGUCAUGGCCAAGCAAGGAAGACGAUAUGCCGAUCAGGAAAAGGAGCUGCAAAAGCUGGCCGCUAAGGGAAGCUAGCAUUCAGAAUAGAUUCGAUUCAAUCAUAUCGAUGGCGAGAGGAAGGAAAAUCACCAUGUAACAAAGUUUUUUUGGAAAUCAUCUGGUAGGAAUCCCAACCAAUGCAUCUCCGUUCUUUGGUGGCAGUGCAUGCCACCAAUAGUAAUAUGCAAAGCAAGUAGCAUGUGGUGUUGUUCACUCACGUAAUUACUAGAAUUGAAAAGGUAUAUGUUCUGUGGGAUAUUUUGAUGUUUACAUUACAAGUAUCUAAAAGUAAAUAAAUCAAUCAAAAUCU